AUGACGAGAAAGAAGAGAAGUAUCGGCGCGGAGAGAAACGGAUGGUUACCAUUCCAACAGCUAAUACGGAUGCCCUCAAAGAGAACGAACUAUACCGGCAAUUACUUAUACGCUCCUUCUGAUUAUACUUUCGGUGAUGAUUCUAAUCUGAUCAGGGAUGGUUCUAGUUCGAUGUAUCAGCGUGAUUUCCGAGACCGCAGAAAGCUUCAGCAGCAUGAUUUGCCGCGCAGAGAUCAUAUGGCGAGCAUGUUACCAUGGUUGUUGUCAAUAUCACUAUUAAGUGUUCCAAAAUUUGCGGUUCAUACGGGUCCCAGUAUCUUAUCCAGGGAUCUUCAAGCACCUGCGUUGCCAUUAACUUCAUCAAUUUUGACUUCACGAUUCUCUUCGAUGCAUCCCAUCAAUCAUAGAGGUUCUACAUCGGCUUCUGAUGAAAAUGCUGACUCUCGAAAUUGUGACUCUUACGGUAAUCCGCCGGGAAAGAAACCCCCGAACGUAGACAAUCUUUAUGGAUCGACACCGCAAUUAACGCGACAUCGCGUUUCUACAUCCAAUCUAGGAGGAAGCGAUCUUUCGAAACAUGUUGGAAGAGCUAUUGAUGCAUUCCGCACGGAUCCUCACUCGGUCAAUCAAUUGGAUUUUCAUGAUUUCGGCGACGGUUUCGAGCCGGGGUACAUUGCGGAUGACUACGUCGGGCCCGCUAUGGAACUAAUGUACGCCUGGUCCACGAUUGAUUUUGAAUUCGAUAGUACCGAGGCGAGAGACAACGCUAUAUUCGACGGCGACUACAUCGCGGAAAAUAAUUUGCCUCUCGGCCUGGAUGUUUGGCGCGAUAAAGUCUUUAUUACUCUGCCAAAAUGGAAGACUGGAAUACCGGUGACUCUGGCUACUGUGCCGAAACAUUCCAAGAAAAGGAAUCCCAAACUAAGACCGUACCCUAACUGGCAGUGGCAUCAGUCAGAAAACUGCGAGAGAUUAACAUCUGUCUUCCGAGUCCAAGUGGACGAAUGCGAUCGACUGUGGAUCCUCGACUCCGGCAAGACGGAGCUCACCAUAAGAUCCAAGCAAUUAUGCCCACCUGCCAUAUUCAUCUUUGAUCUGCACACUGACAAUCUCAUCAGAAAGUACACCCUACCGGACGAACAGAUCAAGCAAGAUUCCCUAUACAUCAACAUCGCGGUUGACAUCAGGAACAACGAUUGCGGCUCCGCGGUGGCUUACCUGAGCGACGUAUGGCGAUACGGUAUCGUGGUGUACGACUUCUUCAAGGACACCACUUUCCGAGUCGAGCAUCACUUCUUCUAUCCCGAUCCAUUGGCGUCCAGGUACGAGCUGCACGGUAUAAAGUUUCAAUGGACCGAUGGAAUAUUCGGGAUCGCGCUCAGUCCCGUGGACAUUCGCGGCGACAGAACCCUCUUCUUCCAUCCAAUGUCCAGUUUCCGAGAGUUCGCCGUAUCCACGUCGAUCUUCAGGGACAAGGGAACCGUGGAUCGAAACACGGAGGAGUUCAUGCCUGUGGGUAGACCCAGAGCCAAGGACUACGGCCAUUCCUCGGGGUCUGCGAUCGAUCGGGACGGCGUCAUGUUCUUCAACAUGGUCACGAGAGACUCGGUCUGGUGCUGGGAUACUAGAAAGGAGUACAUACCCCAAAAUUUGGGGGUGAUUGGGACCAGCAACGUGUCCUUGGUGUUUCCGAACGACAUUAAAGUGGAUCACGAGACGGAGCAAAGUGUGUGGCUGCUCUCGAAUCGGUUGCCCAUGUAUUUGUACGGUACUCUGAACAGCGGAAAGAUUAAUUACAGGAUACUUAAAGCGAACGUCAAGCAGGCUGUCAGAGACACCGUCUGCGAUCCUAAUUACGUAGUUCCUGACUCGGAUCCGAGCCUCGACGACAAUUGCUGAA